CAUCCCCCUGUACAAGGCGGUGUGGCGAGACAUGGUGGAAGGGCGCCCGGGAAGCCUCACCUACAACCCCGACGGCGUGGCUCGUGUCCUCGAGGGCAAGUACGCCUACAUCAUGACCCAGCAGGAGUUCCAGUACAGCUACAGCGACGACCCUCGCUUGGUGACACUGCCGGACAAAGCGGGGAUUUUCUACAUGGCGCUUGGCUUGAGGAAGAACUCGCCGCUCAAACCCAUAAUUGAUGAACAAAUUACCAGGCUGCGCUCCUCGGGGAUCCUCAACCUUUUCGAGAUCAAGAACUCGAAGCAGGCGCUGGCGUUCAGCAGGACAAACGCGCCCUCGCUCUCCUUGCAGAACGUGGGCGCCGCCUUCAUCAUCCUGGCAAGUGGCGGUCGUGCACGGUGUGUUUUCUCUUGGCGGAGACGAUCUACACCAAGUACGCGCGCCCUCCGCCUCGUCCUCGGCCGAAGGAGGAGUGGAGCAUCGCCUCGAAGUCAGCCUGGAGCACGAGUCGCCCCCACGGCUUUGUGUCGCAGAGGACCAAGCCCCCCGUGGCAGGGAAGGGCGUAGCGAGGGCUCACAGGAUAAGGACAACAGCAAGGUCGACCUCAUCCCCUGUAGCCUUUCCGAAGGCUACGGAGCAGCAGAGACUCGCUCACAGACAGAUGAAGAAAUGAAAUCUCGACAAGGAUUGAAGAUGCACUUAGGACUUCUAAUUAAUUUAUUUAUCUUUUUAGCAUCUGC